GCUUAGCUCACUCAGUUGCCCGCCGUCCGUCCAAAUGCCACGAUCUAAGCUAUCAUCGCCGCCGGUUAUGUUGGUGCUGGCGGUGCUGUUGUCACUAAUUCUCCUCCAACACCAAGGCACAGAUGCUAGGAGCUUGCGCUCCGGGAUGCCGCCUAUUUGCUAUAAGCAACCGCCAAGGUCUGAAGGCAUUUGCACCAUCGAAAUUGAGGGCUACUACUACGAUUCGAUCUCCUUCGACUGCCUGAAGUAUUCCGUUGGAGCCUGUCGCUUGACCCCCGGACAAAGUUUCGGUAGCCAGGCGGACUGCGUCCGUACCUGUAUUCGUGGCAAGUGGGAGUAUGUGAACUAAUAAGCUAAAGAAAAUAAAUGUUGAAUGAAUGGA